GCUCAGCGGCUCGGCGCUGCGUUCUCGGCCCCACCGUCCCGCCAUGCCGGGCGGCGUGCCGCUGAAGCAGUACGAGCUGACGUUGCAGAAUGCCCAGCGCGUGCUCGCGAGCCUUCUGGAGCAGCCUGCCAAGCCAUGGGUCCCCUUCAGCGCCUUGUUGCAGGAGCUUUCAGAGCAGAUCUCUCAGCUUCGGCGCAGCUCCGCAGCCAGCACCCUGCAGCGUGCGUGGCGAGGUUUCGGUGGCACACGCCAUCGGCCGCGAGGAGGUGCAGGUGGGCCCUGCAAGACAUGGAGGCCAGGGAGCUUUAAAAGCUGCAGCGGUGGCUACGCAUGCGAAGAAGCUCCAAAGAAGAUACUGAUUCCGAUGCGGCCGCCCAUGCCGCCACCUUCGGGCACAGCCUUGAACCCUUUGGAAAAGCGGCGGCAAAUGGUUGCAGCGCAGUUGGCCAUCAGCAACCCUUCCCGCUUGGCCCGCUCGAGACGGAGGGCUCCUAGUGAUUUCACUCCGUCCUCCAUGGUCUCCAGUGAAGGCACGUCGACCAUCCAGGAGGACGAGACGGUGGAAAGGCUACCAAAGCUACAGCCGUUGGCAGCCGCAUGCACUGUGGGGCGAAAUGCCCGCGGCAUCGAGGUGGAGAUCGUGGGCGCUGCUCCUUUGGAGCUUCUCUUGAAAGACGAGCUCAUAGAGGAGGUCCCGAAUUGUGCUGAUCAGCUGAACCUCAUGGGGCAGUGUGACAGCGCCGGGAUCAGCAUGGCACCGCCCCCGGACCGCGGCGCCCAGCGGCCGGCGGAGCCUCCUUUCGUGCGUAAAGGUGAGGUGAAGCAGGAGAGACCGACGCCGCCCUCGACGGCACCCACCGCGGAGUUCUAUUCCACUUCCGGUAGCCUGACGCUGGAUGACACCACCAGGCCCAUAGUGCCAUAGAGCUCGAUCUCCAAGCAUGUCCAGAUCAGAGCGCUUUUAUCCGGUCAGGGUAGCCCACUGAACCGGUCAGCGGCUCCCUGACUUGAUGUGGGUUGGAUCUACGACUGGCACCAAGUGUAUGUGUGCUUGUGGUCAUAUUCCAAGAAUUCGCCCGAGAAAAACCACAAAUACUAGUUGUAGCUGCACGGAUUAAGUACACCAAGCUCAGAGCAGCUCUGGCACAAUUCCAGAUGUUGUGGGGCAUGGAGG